AAGCAAGACAGUAUCCCUGUACAGGCCAAAGGCGGCUCUCUAUAGGUACAUGGUCGCCAUCUUCACUCCCCUUGCGACGCAUUCCGGCUACUGCAUCUAGCCACAAUAUAGCCACCAUGAUAACAACUCGUUGCUAUGUCUCAGCUACAAGAUAACAGAGGCACCCUCUUCCUCCUCCUGUUGCUAUUCUGGCUCGCCACCAGUCCGGACUCAAACCCGGGGUUCAUCGCAGGCCCCGCCCUGGUCAAGAGCCGUCUUGCGCGCCAACGGGAGGCCCUCGGCAUCCUAAACAGCACCCAGUGGGGCGACUUCGCGCCACGCCGAGCGGGCAACCCGCCCGAGGCCGAGUCCAAGUACUUAAACCUAACCGGUUUCCGAGAGGAAGACGGCUAUGCGUGGGAAGACUUCCAGCGCUUCCAGAACCGAUGCGAGGAGUGGAGCGCAAACGCCGUCGGCAUCCCCGAGGCCUCCGUGCCGGUCUGGCAGAACGCGACCGGCAUCAUACGCGGCCUAUGGCACAGGGCGAACACAUCAUCGCCGCGGUACCACUCGAGCUACAACCUGAGCCAGAUCAGUCCAGGUGUUACGUGGUCGGGCUACCACUCGGAAUGGACCCGAAACGCUACCGGCACGGACGGGAGGAUGCUAGUGCGCAUAGAGGACUACGAGGAUGGCGCGACAGAGCCGGAGGAGGUGGACAAGUUAGUACUAGAGAAGGCGGAGAUCAAGGCCCGAGAGGUAGCCGCUACGAUCAACGUCGAUGAUGCCGACGGAACCGGGAGCAGCUGGGAAAUGCGGCUCCACGGCGUUCAUUGGCCCCGCCAGGGAGUCAUGCUCUUCACGACCACGAGCGAGAAGUUCGCCGGCAUAUUCGGCCUACCUCAUCUCACCACCCGUGAAGACUUCUUCGAAUCCAGCAAGGCCCUGUUAAACCGGACUCUAGACAAGGCGCUAGAGAGGAAAGAAAAGCGCACUUUCGACGACCAGUUUGAUCCUUGGACCUCCACGUUAGAUGCGCCGGGAGAAGCCUGGAGCCCAUCUCCACAUUGCGAGUACUUGCUUUACGUCCAGAUCUAUCCCCUAGAUCAGGAUAUCCUAGGGGUGCAGCCUACCCUAACAGGUCCGGAGAACGUCGCCAAGGCUAUCCAGGAUAUCGAGGACGAGCUUCGCUUCCCUCAAGGCACCGGCCACCGGCGCAUACCUCAACUUCAAAUGUCAGCUGUCGUGUACUCGCCUGACUGCGCAUUCUUCCUCGAAACCAAAGGCCCCCCAGCAUAUGCGCCUGAAGACGGCAAGCAUUUGAUCGGCGUAAAGCAAGAAGUGUUUCUCUAUAGCGUUAGCACCUUUCUUCUGGGCCUCGCAUUCACCAUAUUUGGACAAUUGCAGCUACUCAAGAUGCAGAUGAGAGAGACCUCUACGCCCUCGACCCUGUGCCGGGUCAGUUUCUACACUGGCUGCAUAAUGCUGCUCGCCGACGGUAUCAUCUUCACCGGCUCCGCCGCUUGGAGUUUCUCGGCGUCCACCACACUGCUGCCGUCACUCGCCAUCACAUGUGUCUCGUUGUUAUCCAUGACCGUUACCACAUUCUUCCUAGCUGAGAUCCAUAGGGCCCAAGAACCCGAAUGGCGACGGCAAGAGCGGGAAAGGGAACGCCAGAAUGCACCCACAUCUACGACGCCGAGACAUGCAACAAGUCCAAACCCUCCCGAUACCGCCACCCGCCGAUCAGCGUCUCCCCCCAUCAUCAUCCCCUCAGACCAGGAUGUCGAUGCCGAAAUCGCCGAGAACACGAACAACGAGACCACCGGUCUCCCCGCCCCAGUGACGGCAGGCAACCCCACAGCCAACGCGCAGAACCUACGGACGCAACUGAGCAACGUAUUCGGGCGGCUGCUGCUGAUAGGGAUUGGGGUGCUAUUUCUGAGCCUGGCGGCCGCAAGCUGGCGGCCGCGGAUCCGGGCGGCCUAUUUCAAUACGGUGUUAUUCGUGUACCUGUCGCUUUGGGUGCCGCAGAUCUACCGGAACGCGUACCGGAACUGCCGGCGGGCGCUGGCGUGGCGGUUCGUGGCGGGGCAGUCGGCGCUGCGGCUGCUGCCGGUGGCCUACUUCUACGCGGUGCCGGGCAACUUCGCCUUCGCGGAGCCGGACCGGGCGGCGCUCGCCGCGCUCGCCGCCUGGCUCUGGCUGCAAACCUGCACGCUCGCAGCCCAGGCCGUGCUCGGGCCCCGCUUCGGCGUGCCCCGCGGCUGGAUGCCCGACGCCUGGGAGUACCACCCGGUGCUGCGCGAGGACAACGUCGAGGCGGGAGGGUUGCCCAUCGGGCUGGUGGCGGCGGCAGCGCCGGGAAGCCCGACGGCGGCGAGCGCUCCUCCGGAGCUCGAACGCGACGACGGCGGCGGCGGCAGCGGCAGCAAGAAGCCGCUGCUGGCGCCGCAGCAGCGGACGAGCACCCACGUCAUCGACUGCGCCAUCUGCCGCGAGGUGCUCGAGGUGCCGGUGAUCCGCGCGGGGGCGGAGGACCCGGCGGCCGGCGGCGUCACCGGCGUGCUCGCCCGCCGCGCCUACAUGGUCACGCCGUGCCGGCACAUCUUCCACAGCGCCUGCCUCGAGGGCUGGAUGCGCUUCCGGCUGCAGUGCCCGAUAUGCAGGGAGGAGCUGCCGCCGCUGUGAGGGCACGAGGCCCGGGAGACCGAGGGGAGGGGCGGGAGGAGGAGCGGAGAUGGAAAGAUGGUAGGUAGAUGGUAGAUCAAUCGAAAUUUCUCCGUUUCGUGUCGUAAUGCCUACUUUUUCAGCCUGCCUGUGGGCGCGGUUUAAGCGUGUUGACGCCGUGUAGUGCGUAGCCAGUGGCAACUAGAUGGGUGGCGCGACGAGGUCAUCGCUAUAUUUGCGCCGUGUAAUACUGCGGACUGUCGUUCCGGUGUCUGUACCCGGAGGCACGUGCUCUGACUGUGCCCUCGACAUCUUUUGUACCAAAGUUGUCUGUUGCGGGGAGUAUACCCAGCUGUUAUAAGUCUUAGUUGCGUAGAUUGCUCCGAGUGUGAACGUGAGGAACCUGGCUUGUUGCUGUUUAGGUCUGUCGUGGAGCACGUCGACAACUAAUACGAAGUCCGUCUACAGUUAUAAUGCGAUUUGCUGGUUGUCACGUAACUAACUCAAGCAACGUUUGAGAGGAUAGUUUACGCGCAGAGGGAGCAUGAGAACGCGGGUGAGAAUGGGUAUAUUGACCAACUUGCUAGGAAUGAGAUAUGCAAAAGAGUGCGAAGCUAGCUAGACAUAUGUAUAUAUGCUCAACGAGCUGAGGUAAGUUAGGUUUA